GGUCUUUUUGCUAAAACUUUUCCUCCGGAGCUAAGGGAAGUUCGAUCGGAUCGAAUCGAAGUCCAUUUCAUUUGAAGUUACGAUCGCGUUUAGUGUGGACCUAUCUUAAUUUGGUUCUGUGAUAGUUUCCCUGUACGCUGCAGGCAAAGGUGUACGGCCAUUAGUGUAAAUUAAAACUACAAUUUGCUAGUAAAAUAUACCAAGUGACGAACUAAUACCGACUCCCUAAUAAUCCAUCAUGUCUCGCAUUUUGGAAAAGGAAAACAUCACAGAAAACAUGGAAAAGAUUUCCAUCAAGAAUGCCCGUAAGGUUCUAACCGAAAGCGGUGCUAACGUGGCCCAAAAGAUGGACUACCAGGACGAGAAAGAGCAGACAGUCGAUAGCGGUUCUAUCGAUCCGAAGGAGCUGGCCAAAAAUGAGUUGUCAGCUGCUCAGAAACGCGAACAGACACCAUUCGAUCCCUCCAUCGAACCACUGCUCAAGGAAAAUCCCCGUCGUUUCGUCAUUUUCCCCAUCCAGUAUCAUGACAUUUGGCAGAUGUACAAGAAGGCAGAGGCAUCUUUCUGGACAGUAGAGGAAGUCGAUCUCUCUAAAGAUAUGGCUGAUUGGGAAAAGCUCAAGUCCGGCGAGAAGCACUUCAUCUCACAUGUGCUGGCCUUCUUUGCCGCUUCCGAUGGCAUCGUGAACGAGAACCUUGUGGAACGUUUCAGCCAGGAGGUCCAGGUCACCGAAGCGCGUUGUUUCUACGGAUUUCAAAUUGCAAUGGAAAAUGUCCACAGUGAAAUGUACUCGCUGCUUAUUGAUACUUACAUUCGCGAUUCCAAAGAAAGGGAGUACUUGUUCAACGCCAUCGAUAAUCUGCCCUGUGUGAAGAAGAAAGCUGACUGGGCAUUGAACUGGAUUUCAAGCAAAAAGGCCAACUUCGGAGAACGCGUCGUAGCCUUCGCCGCCGUGGAAGGUAUUUUCUUUAGUGGAAGUUUCGCAUCCAUCUUUUGGUUGAAGAAGCGUGGACUGAUGCCUGGGCUAACAUUCUCCAACGAAUUGAUCUCACGUGACGAAGGCCUGCACACGGACUUUGCUUGUCUUAUGUUCAAAUAUCUGGUACAGAAACCAUCACAAGAACGUGUGAUCGAGAUUAUCCGCGAAGCAGUCCUGAUCGAACAGGAGUUCCUGACGAAAGCCCUUCCGGUUGACCUGCUUGGCAUGAAUUGUGACCUUAUGUCGCAGUAUAUUGAAUUCGUGGCUGAUAGACUGCUGCUCGAGUUGGGCAUCGAUAAAAUUUACAAUACGAAGAAUCCGUUUAGUUUUAUGGAGUUCAUUUCACUUGAAGGUAAAACUAACUUCUUUGAGAAGAAAGUAGGAGAGUAUCAGAAGUGGGGUGUUAUGGCCAACCGACUUGACAAUGUGUUCACACUGGACGCCGACUUCUAGAGGCUAUAUACAUACUCCCGAAUCUUGAUCAUAUCUCAUAAGGAUGCAGAUAUGAAUAGUAUUAGCCAACACAACCAGGACGAGCUUGAAAUAAACGAUUGCUUUCAAUCAAAUGUGACCACUGGUCACUUCUCUUCGAUACGGACGCUUCGCAGUGAUGCGUAAUAGAUGGCUUGUAAUAACGGAAUAAGACGUAAUGUUGCGGGCAAUCAUUGCGACGCUCUAGUGAUUGUAUAUUUUUAUGUUCAAAACGUCAGAGUUUAUUUCUUAUUUUCAUCAGUCGUUUUAUAACAUAUAGCUAAUUAAAUCAUCAAAACAUAACUUUUUUAUAUCGAUAAGCAUAUAUCUAAUAUUUUUUAAUACCUAAACGCAAUCGUCAAUCAUUCAAAGAGGUCCUACAAUGCAUAAAUGUAACGGUUAAAUAAGAUUAGAUCUCCUAAUAUUUGUAAAUAAUGAAAAUGAAAAAGUUUGAUUGUGAAGGUAUGAUAAAUUAAAAAAAUAAAUGCCAA